AUGGCGAGGCACUGCAGAUAUUGGUUGCAAAACGUUGCGGGUGCGCGGUGUAGUAUUGUAGCUAGAGCUGCUAUUGUUUCCGCACUUGCUAUUAUUGUCGUCGAGGAUGUUGCUGUUCCAGUUGCUGUUGUUGUCGUCUCGUCCUUUACGUCUGCUGGAUCUUCGCCUGGUCGUCGGUCCGUGUCGAAAAGAGGCCGCGCAAUACUGUCGCGACACGGGACGAAAACAGACGAGCCCGGCGAUGAGGGCUUUCCGAGAGCGACUGGACAAAGGAAAGCAAAGAAAGGAAAAGAAAACAAAACGACGAGGAGUGCGGGAGCGCAAAAAGAGAGUCGAGAACUGUGUCAAGGUAAAAUGUAA